GGCCAGUCAUCGGAGGUAUACCUAAAGGGACAAAGAUAGCCAAGGGCCAAGAAGAGCUUCGGAUUCUAGGCCAUCGAAGAGCUCGCCACAUGAGCCGCAUACACUGCGGGAUAUCCAGCCAGGUGGACUAUUCAGUCCAUUCAAAGGCCAUUAUUGAUCGCAAGUGCGUGUGAUCUGAGACUUUGGCCACAUUUUCACGGUCGUCUAGCUGAUUGCCACGCCGAAGCCUGCCUCGCAACAAAGAGCGUGAAGCAGAAAACCAUUGAGGCGGACGGCAGACAGCCAAGGCGAAAUGGAUUUUCGAAUGGCGUUGACGCUUGGCGAUGGGGAAGUAUUCCCGAGACCGACUCGUCUGGACGCUGCAGAUGUCUCUCGUUUCCGUGGAUUGUCUCGCAAGCAGGCUGAUCACCUCCGCACGAUCGACCGGUGUAGUCGAGGCACUGGAAGAAGGUGAAGUCUUUCUAUUUUCCUCACCCACAGGGUCUGGCGGAGGUUAUUACUGUGCUUACUGCCCGCCUGUGACCUCUGGCCAGCGCUCGGAGGAGCCAAAGCCACCUCAACAGGGUUGAAACAGACACGAGGUGAAGUCCAAACGACCUCGAAUUCCGGCCAAUCAGAGAACGCUGUCCAACACGUGGACAGCUUGCUUGUGCUUGGCGCUCAACUCUUCAUGUGAUGCCAAUAUUUUCCUCCAUGCCAAGUGAGGGCGAGAGGGAAGAAAAAGCGGCAGAUGGGGUGCUCUUCUGGUUCGAGAAUGCGAGGCAAAAAGAUGCGAGUUCAGGGCAAUGGAAGUCCCCACUGCAGGGGAAGGCAAUCGGCGUCGAUCACAAGAUGAAGCAGCCUGUCGGAUCGCGGAUUAGCUCCACACCCAUAGCUCCCGCGCAGCCUUGCAUGCUACGAGCCGAGGAAGAAAAGCCUUCACAGCGUC